AUGCUCAAUCUGAUUGCUAGGGUUUCUCUUCUCUCGCUUUGUGCAUACGCUUCAUACAACUACCUUUUAAUCUCAAUUGAUCCUCACCGCGAUUAAUUUUUAUUUCCGCUUCUCGAUUUCCGUAUUUUAGCGAUCAAUUUGUCGCGAUUCUGAUCGGAGAAAGGAUGCCACCGAGAACGACGAAGAAAACUCCGCCGGGGCCGGGGAGCAAGAGAGCUCUGCGGGGUCGGGCGGCUGCUGCUGCUGCGGCGGCGGAGAAUGCGAAGGCACAGGCUCUGCCUGAGGAGCCAAACGUGAAAUUGGAGAAGAUUGAGUUGCUGGAGGAAGGAAGGGAGACGGAGCUGGAGGAGAAAGUUGCGCUAGAGGCCGUAGAGGCUUCUGUAACGAAGGAUGAAGAUCCUAAAGAGUCCAUAGAUGAGUAUGAGAAAGAUGAGCGGUUAGACUUGGAGGAUAAUGAUCCUGAAUAUGAACCUGAAGAGUACAGUGGUGUAGAUUAUGAUGAAAAGGAAAAUGAGCCAGAUCCUCAUGAAGAUUUAGGUGAAGUGGGGAAAGAUCCUGAAGAAUUGGAUGUUGGUGAAGAGGAGGGUGAUCUGGUUGAGGAGGAAAUGGAUAGUAUUCAUGAAGAACUUGAACAUGAGGAGGAUGACGAGCAUGUUGGGCCAGAGCAAACUGACAUGGGUUAUGCUGCUGAGGAAGAAGAACAUCACGAAGUAUUCAAAGAGAGACGUAAGCGGAAGGAAUUUGAAAUAUUUGUCGGUGGAUUGGAUAAGGAUGCUACUGAGGCUGAUCUUAGGAAAGUUUUCAGUGAAGUUGGUGAGGUCACUGAAGUCAGACUUAUGAUGAAUCCACAAACAAAGAAGAAUAAAGGUUUUGCAUUCUUGCGUUUUGCAACAGUGGAACAAGCAAGACUGGCUUGUGCUAGUCUAAAAAAUCCAGUGGUUUGUGGCAAGCAGUGUGGUGUGACACCAAGCCAAGACAGUGAUACCCUGUUUUUAGGUAACAUAUGCAGGACAUGGACAAAGGAAGCUUUGAAAGAAAAGUUAAAGUAUUAUGGCCUUGAGAGUGUUGAGGAUUUGACGCUGGUUGAAGAUAGUAACAGUGUAGGAAUGAAUCGGGGUUUUGCCUUCUUAGAGUUCUCCUCAAGGUCUGACGCAAUGGAUGCUUAUAAGCGUCUUCAGAAGAGGGAUGUUUCGUUUGGAGUGGAUAGGGCAGCUAAGGUUUCCUUUGCAGAUUCCUUCAUUGACCCUGGUGAUGAGAUCAUGGCCCAGGUUAAGACUGUGUUUGUGGAUGGUCUCUCUGCUUCUUGGGAUGAGGACCAUGUUAAAGAACUUCUCAAAAAAUAUGGGGAGAUUGAGAAAGUUGAACUUGCCCGUAAUAUGCCAUCUGCCAGGAGAAAGGAUUUUGGGUUCGUUACAUUUGAUAGCCAUGAUGCAGCAGUAACUUGUGCUAAAAACAUCAACAACGAGGAAUUGGGUGAAGGCACAAGCAAGGCCAAAGUCAGGGCUAGAUUGUCGAGACCACUUCAGAGAGGCAAAGGAAAACAUGUUUCCAGAGGAGAUUUUCGACCUGCGCGUGGGUCUGUCCGAAGUGCUAGGAGCCCUUGGAGCCGCCCAUUACCACGUUCUAUCCCUGCUCGUGCCCCUAGAAUUCCUCCCCGUCCAGUUGUGGACCGUAGUUACAGAAGGCCUGUUGCCAUGAGAGAGAGGAGACCAGUUAUGGCUGUUCCUCAAAGGGCUAGGCCUGUUGCUCCCUUGCCGAGGUCCUAUGAUAGGAGGCCACCUGUUCCAUCAUACCCCAAGAGUGGUCUGAAGAGGGAUUACGGUCAUAGGGAGGAGCUUAGCUCCAGAAGUAGGGCUGCUGUUAUAGAUUAUAACUCUAGAGCAACUUCAGAUAGACGUGCUCCUUAUAGAGAUGAUUAUCCUCCUCGUCCAUCCGGCUACCUUGAUAUGCCUAGAGGUGGUGCAGCACGAUCUACAGGAAGAAGACCUUAUGUUGAUGAUGGGUAUAAUGAAAGAUAUGAAAGGCCACCUCCGUCAUACCACGAGGGGCGUGGGCGUGAGUAUGAUUCCAUGUCAGGGUCCAAACGCCCGUACGCUGCAGUGGAUGACGUCCCUCCCCGGUAUACUGAGGCUGGAAUGCGCCACUCUCGUGCUCGUUUGGACUAUGAUCUUGACAGCAGUGCUUCCCGCUACACUGAUGCUUACAGUGACAGGCUUGGAAGGUCAAAUAUGGGAUAUGGGGGAAGUCGAAGCUCUAUGUCUAGUCAAGAUUCCCAUGGGCUUUACAGUAGUCGUCAGGGUAUGGGUUAUAGUGGAGGACCUUAUGGUGGUAGUGAUGUUGGUCGGAUGUACUCAUCAAACUUUGGUGGUGAUUACAUGUCACGAGGAAGUGAUGUUGGUGGCAGCUCUUACUCAUCCGUCUAUCCCGGACGCAGCAUAGGUGGUAGCAGCUACAUGGGGAGUAGUGGGUCUGGGUCAUACUAUUAAGUGAAGAAAUGGGAAUAUGCAGCUGUAGGAUGUGGAUGGUGUGAAGUUUGAAAUCAGUCCUCACCAUCAAGUUGAAGCAUUAUUUGGAAAUGGAAAAAGGCUUCAUGGUACAUUGUUAGAGCAAUUAGGUGCUUAAAGACCUGGUUUGGGUUUGUGUGAUCAUGUUUAUUGUAUCUAAUGCUGUAAGGAUUCAGAACUAUAAUAGAGACAUCUUCAGCAUGUCUUAUUUAUAAUAAUGUGUUUUCCAA